GAUUCUCCAUUAUUGACUGCACCCUGAGAUGAUUGAGCGUGGCUUGGUCUCGGAAUCUCUCUCGGGAAAUCUUUGUACGUUCUUCGAGAGUCGCUGCUAGCUCAAACCCUCCCCAUCCCCAUACUUCUGAACCUGCUCUCUAGCUACAUCCAUCGUUUUGCAAACAGCAAACUAGUGUAAACCUCGGGAAUGUCGAAUUUCGAUGGACAUUUGAGUGCAACCCCCAAAUUUACUCUGCCUAAAAGUGAACGUGGUAAACUGGCCGCCAGGUCUACAACGAAGCGCGGAUAAAGGCGACGGGUAAAUAAGCACAGUCUGUCUCAAGGUGGCUGUUAUUACUUCUUUUGUGAUGAAACGUUUGCCCUCAGCCGGGUGUUUUGUCUUGGUAGUUUCAGGUCAGUUUUCGAGCUAUCGCAUGCAUUGAGUGCAUUUCAAGGAAUGGUUAGACACGACGAGCAUGUUCGUGUGUAGGUGCAGGGGGGAUGAGAUGGAAAGGCUUGUGAGAGCAUUUUAUGUAAGAACCGAAGGAGGAUGGGCAUUCGUGGUGGCAUUCUGCUCUGAAAGAGCCUGGCAAGUAGGCUGCAUCCGAAUACAUGUGAUCGUAUUAAAACCUGUUUAGGGGUUCCCGGAGACGCGGUGGAGGAUUCCAGUGAAUGAAGCCAGGACCUAGCUCCUGUCCAAUCAAUGCGCUGCUUCCUGGCAUCUUUUCCUCGGAAGAUUCGUUGUGCCGUUUGUUUCGAGCGCGUUACGAAUUCAAGUCGUUCGACGUGCACGGAGAUCCAGGUUGGGGUUGGUUCUGGCGGGCAACUAUCUGAGAGACACAGUAGCAGCUUGGAUUAUCAUUCCAUCAACAUGAACAACAUUAAAUAUAAUCAUCUUCCCACUUCAUCACCCAAGUCGUGUAGCCUGUGUUCAUUUUUCGGAACACGAUUGCUCAUGGAUGCGUAUCUAAAAUUGUCGAACGUCCCGCUCUGAUUUUGUUGCGAUGUCCUCUGCUUGAACUACAUCAACAUUCAGGAAAGUUUGGUGGGGCAUUCUGGAGCGCUAGAUGUUCACUUGCAGCGUUGAAGAGGUAGUGGAUUGGGGUUUGGAGUGAAAGAUCAAUCACAUGAUGAGCUGAUUGGUGUCGAGUUACAAACCUGCGUUCCAAGUGCUUCAAGGAUGCGCGUCUCGAUACCAGUAGCUUUGGUUUAAUCACAAUAGCAAUGUAGGACUCUUAUAUUGUAGAAGUGAAGUGGGAGGUGGGAAGAGCAGGCAUGGGGAAGGACGUGAGUUGCGGGGCAGUGGACUGACGUGAUAUUCAGGAAUUCUGCGAGCUUUGGAGCGUGUUGUAGGUGGUGUGAGUCUACAAGCUAUACGGGUUGCUGGAUUGUGCUUCGGAGGGUUUCAGAGUUUGCCAGGACUUUGAUAGAAUGGUGGUGAUGGCGGGCCAUCAAAUGCACAAACGGCAGGUUUUUAGCAGUGUUGUAGGAAUAGUGGUGCUAUGCUUAAUGGCACGGCACAUGGAAACAGCAGUGGCUGAGCUUGGGGUGAACUGGGGUAGGAUCUCGAGCGACCCGCUCUCUAAUGAUGUCGUGGUGCAGAUGCUCAAGGAUAAUAAUUUUGUCAAAGUGAAGCUGUUUGAUGCGAAUUCGGAAGUAAUUGAGUCCAUGCGGGGAAUAAAUCUAGAGGUCAUGGUUGCGAUUACAAACGAUAUGCUUGCUACUAUUGCAGCGAGCAUAGACGCUGCUGCCGCUUGGGUGAAGGCGAACGUCACCUCGCACCUCGGAAAUAAUGGAGUCAAUAUCAAGUAUGCUGCAGUUGGAAAUGAACCCUUUCUGACUGGGUACAACGGCAAAUACGUCGACGUUACGCUCCCAGCUCUGAAGAAUGUGCAGGCGGCGCUCGCAGCAGCUGGCCUUGCAGAGACGGUCAAGGCUGUAGUUCCUUGCAACGCAGAUAUCUUGAGCGACAACUCCUACCCAUCUCAACAAACAUUCCGGGCCGACCUCGCACCAGUUAUGUUGGAUAUCGUCACGGCAUUGCAAAGCACCAAUUCACCAUUCGUGGUCAAUUUGUAUCCCUUCCUCAACUUAGUUCUCCAGCCAACUUUUCCCGUGGACUUUGCAUUCUUCACAGGAUACAAUACCCCUCUUGUCGACGGAACUAGAAUUUACACCAAUGUAUUCGACGCAAGCUUCGAUGGGGUUGUAGUAGCAUUGAAUAACGCAGGUUAUCCUAACAUGGAUGUAAUCGUUGGAGAGAUUGGUUGGCCGACAGAUGGCGCUAACUACGCGACUAUAGAAUUAGCGCAAAAAUUCAAUCAGCAGCUGGUGAAUCACUUGGAGAGUGGGGUUGGAACACCACUUCGACCCGGCAAAUUGGAAGCCUACGUCUUCGGCCUGCUGGACGAGAACGCCAAGAGCACUCUUCCUGGCAACUUUGAAAGACACUGGGGUAUCUUCAACUUCGAUGGAACUGUGAAGUAUCCUCUAGAUCUAACAGGCGGUGUGGAUGGCACCCAGACUGCGCUCGUGGGCUCGAAGAACGUCCCUUACUACCCACGUCAAUGGUGCGUGUUGAAGCCCACCGCGGAUUUGUCACUGUUGCCGGCCAAUCUCGACUACGCAUGUGGUAGUACAGAUUGCACACCUUUAUUCAGCGGAGGAUCAUGCAGUGGUCUCACCCUCCAGCAGAACGCUUCCUAUGCCUUUAACAACUAUUACCAGUUCAAUAACCAGCUUCCAUCUGCCUGUGAUUUCCAAGGAUUAGCUCAGGUGACCACCACCGAUCCCAGCUCAGGAACUUGUAAAUUUACAAUAGGUGUGAGGCCGGUUGGCUCACAAUCCAUCGCAGCACCAGGGAUUUCGCAAUCACAGAGCAGUGCGUCACCUACAGUAAGUUUCACAGUCUUGUUAAUCAUUAACUUGCUUAUCUUUAGCUGUAUUCAGUCGCUCCCCUUUCCAUGAGUUUAGCCAAUGGUUUUGUAAGCAAUGUUGUCACAUUUAACUCUGUGCACAACUGUAGGUGCUUUCUUUUCGACCAUUGCUCCCCCUAUAUUUUUGGCAACUGUGGUUGAUUGUACCGUAAGUAGAGUAGCUUAAACUUGUUUUUAGUUAGUUCAUCAAGGGUUUUGGUAAUUGGAUUAACACUGAUUUUAAGUCCUACCUUAGUUGUGCUGAAAUUUAAGUUUUAGACUCUGUCUUGAUUGUGUUUGAUUUCAUUCAUUUGGCUACCAGGUGUCUUGAUUGAAGUCUUUAAGUUCAGUGCUUGUUUGUAGUUGCAAUGUGACUUGAAUCCAUGUCGCCUUAGGAUUUGAAAACAAUUUAUAAAACCAUCAGAUGUAGUAUCGUCCUUGAAAAUAAUUUCCAACUUUCAA